AUGCCUCUCACGGAAGAGCAAAAGCAGCACUGGCUGGAACACGGCUUCAUCAGGAUCCCUCAAUGUUUCACCAAGGAAGAUGCCGACAACUGGACAGCCUCCAUCUGGGCUCGCCUGGGCAUCUCUCCGACGGACAAGUCCACUUGGAAGAGUGAGCGAGUCAACAUGCCCGGUCAUACACUCGUCGACGUGAAAGACUUUGCGCCAAAGGCAUGGGAUGCGAUCUGUGAGCUCGUCGGAGGUGAAGACCGGGUAACGGAUUGGUGCAAGGGCUGGCGGGACUCGUGGAUCAUCAAUCUUGGGAGACCAGAAUACAAGCCUGAUGAUCCGUUGGACUUCCGGACGUUGGAUAACUGGCAUAAUGACGGAGACUGGUUCACGCAUUUCCUGGAUAGCGGGGAGCAAGCGCUCUUGGUGAUCCCCUUAUUCAGCGAUAUCAAGUCCAAGGGAGGCGGAACUGUGAUAUGCACCGAUGGGAUUGGCCUUGUAGCUAAGCAUCUGUACGACCACCCCGAAGGAACAUGGCCAUCACUCGCAUCGCGGUCCGCUCCGAACCAACCUCCAGAGGCAGGCAAGCAGUGGAGAGACUGGGUGAAAGAUCCUCAGCUCACACGGGCUGAGUCUUUUCACGAAGCCACCGGGCAAGCGGGCGAUGUCUACCUCCUCCACCCAUUCAUGUUGCAUUCUGCCUCGCGCAAUCUCCUGCGUGAAGUCCGCAUCAUCACUAACCCUCCAGUCUCGCUCAAGGAGCCCUUCAACUAUAACCGGCCCGACGGUAAAUACAGUCUCGUGGAGCAGAAGACUCUGAAAGACCUGGGGCGACCCGAGGGCUUGCCGGAGUGGAAGAUCACAAAAGAGAGGGAGAUGCUUACUCCGGCUCGUGUGCAGAUACAAGAAGACAUGCGCCAGAAGGAGUUGGAACGACUGAAACAGGCGGGAUCUUCUAUCACGAAGUUGGGAAGUGCCAAGCCUCUCGAGUCGUUCUAUCCAUCAUGA